UGACAGCGCCUCUGAAGCAUCAUGGAGGAUACAGAUAUUCGACAACAAAAGCUGGAAAAUCAGAGAGCCAUUCUGAUGAAAAGACAGCAAAGGAAGAGGGCUGACAAUCAGAUGGUAGUUUCAAAUCUGGACUCAAAGCAAAAGAGAAAACAGAAAACCAAAUCAGACGAGACGCCUCUGUUAUUUAACCACUCCCUCAGUAACGCUUCCUUGACUGACCAAGUUGAACAUGCCCAUGACAACCCAGUGGAUGAGAUCACACUGGGUGAAUGUGAUGUUACUGAAGAGAUAUCUUUGGAGAAACCGGAGACAUUCAAAACAGUGGACGUAGACAUUGAGCAAGAAAUGGAAUCAAAGUGUAAAGUUGAACAGGAUAUCCCAGUGGAGAGCAAGAAAUCCAAAAAGAAAAAAGAAAAGGACAAAACAAGGUGCCAAAUAAGUGAUGACAGCAAAGAUGAAGAUAAUUCAGAAAAAGAGAAAAAAGAAAAGAAAUCAAACAGAAAAGAAAAGAGUCUAGCGUCACUGAACUGCAACUACAGGAGAAAUUCAGAAAGUGACAAUGACAGAACAACUUCUCCCAUGUCAGUAGAGGAUCUGGAGAAGUUUGCGUUGCGCCCGGCCCCAAAAGAGGUGACAAUACAGUGUCGAGUGACCAGGGACCGGAGAGGUAUGGAGAAGGGGAUGUUUCCUACUUACUACCUGCAUUUGGAGAAAGAUGAUGGAAAAAGGGUGUUUCUAAUGGCAGGAAGAAAGCGGAAAAAGUGCAAAACUGCUAAUUAUUUGAUCUCAACCGACCCGACAAAUCUGUCCAGGAAUACAAAUAGCUACAUAGGAAAAUUAAGGUCCAAUGUUCUAGGUACCAAAUUCACAGUAUAUGAUGGUGGGGAAAACCCAGAGAAAAAGCCCUUUAUAAAAGAGAGUGAAUCAGUGCGACAAGAGCUGGCAGCAAUUUGUUAUGAGACAAAUGUGCUGGGGUUUAAGGGUCCCAGGAAAAUGACUGUGAUCAUCCCAGGAAUGAUUGAUGAUGAAAGAGUAUCCAUUGCACCAAAGAAUGAACUGGAAACGCUGCUCACUCGUCAUGCCAACCACAACACGGACCAGCUCAUUACUCUUAUCAACAAAUGCCCCAGUUGGAAUGAGCAGACACACUCAUAUGUCCUCAACUUUCAUGGUCGUGUCACACAAGCUUCAGUCAAAAACUUCCAGAUAAUUCACCCCGAUAAUGAGGAUUACAUAGUGAUGCAGUUUGGCCGUGUGGCGGAGGAUGUAUUCUCCAUGGAUUACAGCUACCCAUUGUGCGCCCUGCAAGCAUUUGCCAUCACUUUGUCGGCCUUUGAUAGCAAGCUGGCCUGUGAAUGAUUGCCUAAAUAUUAUAA